CGCGCCGUCCUGCGCUGCAACCUGCCCCCCGGCGCCCAGCGCGUGGUCGUCUUCGCCGUCCUGGCACUGCUUGUGCUCAUCAACGUCGUGCUGAUAUUUCUGCUGGCCUUCCGCUGACCGCCGGGCUCAUUAGCGAUGGCAGCGUGGUCUGUGCCGAAGCACUCUGGGACCAUGUCACCAUGGAUGACCAGGAACUGGGCUUCAACGCUGGAGACGUCAUCGAAGUGAUGGAUGCGACCAACAGAGAGUGGUGGUGGGGCCGCGUCGCAGAUGGCGAGGGCUGGUUCCCAGCGAGCUUCGUGCGGCUGCGGGUGAACCAGGACGAGCCUGCAGACGAUGAGGCGCUGGGGCCUGGGCGCCGAGGGGCUGGGGAUGGCGGGGACGCCGAGGCGCAGGGCAGCAGGGACCAGAUGCGGACCAACGUCAUCAACGAGAUCCUCAGCACGGAGCGAGACUACAUCAAGCACCUGCGGGACAUCUGCGAGGGGUACCUCAGGCAGUGCCGCAAGCGGGCAGACAUGUUCAGCGAGGAGCAGCUGCGCACCAUCUUCGGGAACAUCGAGGACAUAUACCGGUGCCAGAAGGCCUUUGUGAAGGCGCUGGAGCAGAAGUUCAACCGGGAGCGGCCGCACCUGAGCGAGCUGGGCGCCUGCUUCCUGGAACACCAAGCAGACUUCCAGAUCUACUCAGAGUACUGCAACAACCACCCCAAUGCCUGCGUGGAGCUCUCACGCCUCGCCAAGCUCAGCAAGUAUGUGUACUUCUUCGAGGCCUGCCGGCUGCUACAGAAGAUGAUUGACAUCUCCCUGGAUGGCUUCCUGCUGACGCCCGUGCAGAAGAUCUGCAAGUACCCUCUGCAACUGGCAGAGCUGCUCAAGUACACGCACCCCCAGCACAGGGAUUUCAAGGAUGUGGAAGCUGCCUUACAUGCCAUGAAGAAUGUGGCCCAGCUCAUCAAUGAACGGAAACGGAGACUUGAAAACAUCGACAAGAUUGCUCAGUGGCAAAGCUCUAUAGAGGACUGGGAGGGGGAAGAUCUCCUGGUCAGGAGCUCGGAACUCAUCCACUCGGGGGAGCUGACCCGUGUCACACAGCCACAAGCCAAGAGCCAGCAGAGAAUGUUUUUUCUCUUUGACCACCAACUCAUCUACUGUAAGAAGGACCUUCUCCGCCGGGAUGUGCUCUACUAUAAGGGCCGAGUGGACAUGGACAGCCUGGAGGUGGUGGACUUGGAGGACGGGAAGGAUCGAGAGCUCCACGUGAGCGUCAGGAACGCCUUCCGGCUGCGCUGUGGGCCCUCGGGGGAGAGCCACCUGCUGUGUGCCAAGAAGCCCGAGCAGAAGCAGCGCUGGCUCAAGGCCUUUGCCAGGGAGCGGGAGCAGGUGCGGCUGGACCAAGAGACAGGCUUCUCCAUUACCCAGCUGCAGAGGAAGCAGGCCAUGCUGAACGCCAGCAAGCAGCAGGCUAUCGGGAAGCCCAAAGCCCUCGGCCGACCCUACUACCUGACACGCCAGAAGCACCCGGCCCUCCCCACCAGCCUGCCUCAGCAACAGGUCCUGGCGCUGGCAGAGCCCAAGCGAAAGCCAUCCACCUUCUGGCACAGCAUCAGCCGGCUGGCACCCUUCCGCAAGUGAGCCCGUGCCCCAUCAGUGGCACCAUCUGGACCUGCCUGGCCAGGGGGCCUGCAGCUCUUCCUGCCCGAGGCUCACCGCAUCCGGCCCUCUGUCCAUUCUGCAAACUGCAAGUGAGCAGGGCUGAGUGUGGGAUCCGCUCAGAACCGCCCACAGGCUGGCGCGUGUGAGAAUGGCCGCUGUGGACCCUCUUCUCUGCACAUCUGAUCAUCCCUCCUGCUCCUGUUCUCUCUGGGCAGGAGCCCACCUCUGCCUUCAUCACCUGCAGAGCCAGGCUAUGUACCUCUCUGCCCUCCCGUUCUCUUCACAGGCCCCCAGCUGGUGGGCCAGGCAGCCUGCAUCCCUGGUAGGUAGGAACCAGGAAUUCUGGGCACAAAAGCAUCUGGCCCAGAGCCCACCUAUUACUUCCUCCCAGUCCCUCUGUAGACACUCCUGGCUGCUGGACACCCUGUCUUCACAUGUGAUGUGUUUGUUUAUAGUGGAAAGAAAACAGAACCAUAGUCAACUGAAUACUUCUGUCAGGAUUUGUAACCAGUCCACCUGCAGCUGUGGGGUGGUUCCAGUCUGGAUUUUGUUGUUCAAUUCCAACACUAGAGAACUGUUAGUGACAUGGAAAGACUGCCUUACCCUGAGUGAGUGAGAAGCCAUAAGGACUGAAGUCUGUGCCCAGCGCCCAGGACCGACCCACCCAGAAGCUGGUGGGCACGCAGGUUGGAGGGAAGCCCGCAGCCCGUGGAGGAGGGCCGCCCAAGAGUGUGGCUAGGGCCUGGCCUGGGGCAGAGCGCAGAGCCGCCCCUGUGGCCCCUGGGAAUUCAGCAGCAUGUACAGUCACUCUUGCACUAUACCUUCUCCAAGCAGAA